GCACUGUGUUGACACGCGGUAUUUAUUAACGGCAGUCUCCCCCUACCGUCACUGCUGCGAGGCUCGACCGUGCGAAUGUUUGGUAAACACGCCGCUGCUGGGAGGAGGCACUACAGACGCUUGGUGUUGGACCGGCCCGCAGCUCCCCUUCAGGAAACCUCCCCGCUGUUCCGGAACCGCCGGCCCGGCGUCGUCGCCCGUCGGCCCAGCAGAACCAGGAAAGAGCGGCACAAACGCCCGCGGGCACUCGGCGCUGGUUCGAAUUAGGUCUGAGGCGAAGCAGAGCAGGCUCUGCCCUCCCUGACUGUUCCGCGAAGGAACCGGGACCCACAGCUUCAUCCAGACGGACCACCCUUUGCUUCCACCAUGCAGAUGUCGGUCCUUCUCCUCCUCUCACCGCUCGUUCUCCUCUCCUGCCUCGUUCCCUGUUGUUCCUCCCAGAGCGAGGCGGACCUCGUCGUUCAGACGCGCGCAGGCCGGGUCCGCGGCGUUCCCCUGCCGGUGCUGGACCGAAGCUACGUCACCGCCUUCCUGGGCAUCCCCUUCGCCGAGCCUCCGGUGGGGAAGCGGCGCUUCCGCCGUGCCGAGCCCAAGGGCAAAUGGAGCGGGGUGUACGAGGCCAACGCCUACCCCAAUGCCUGCUAUCAGUUUGUGGACACGUCGUACCCCGGCUUCCAGGGCAUAGAGAUGUGGAAUCCCAACAGGGAGAUGAGUGAGGACUGUCUGUACCUCAAUGUGUGGGUGCCCCCCUCGCCCAGACCACACAACCUCACUGUCAUGGUGUGGAUCUAUGGAGGAGGAUUCUACAGCGGCUCCUCCUCUCUGGACGUUUACGAUGGCCGUUACUUGGCUCACAGCGAGUCGGUCAUUGUGGUGUCCAUGAACUACCGCAUCGGUGCCUUCGGCUUUCUCGCCCUGCACGGCUCCUCUGAAGCCCCUGGCAACAUGGGUCUGCUGGACCAGAGGAUGGCACUGCAGUGGGUACAGGACAACAUACAUUUCUUCGGUGGGAACCCCAAACAGGUGACUAUCUUCGGUGAGAGCGCUGGAGGUGCUUCAGUAGGAUUUCACCUCUUGUCCCCGGACAGCCGGCCCACUUUCACCAGGGCCAUUCUUCAGAGCGGGGUCCCCAACUGCCCCUGGGCCUCGGUCAGUCCCGCUGAGGCCCGCAGACGGGCCACGCAGCUGGGGAAACUGGUCGGCUGCAACGGAGGCAACGACACGGAGUUGGUGGACUGUCUGCGCAGUAAAAGUCCACAGGAGCUCAUUGAUCAGGAGUGGCAGGUUCUGCCGUGGUCGGCCCUCUUCCGGUUCUCAUUUGUCCCCAUGGUGGACGGAGAAGUUCUGCCCGACACGCCGGAGGCCAUGCUCAACUCGGGCAACUUCAAAGACGCUCAGAUCCUCCUCGGCGUGAACCAGGACGAGGGCUCCUACUUCCUGCUGUAUGGAGCACCAGGCUUCAACAAGGACAACGACAGCCUGAUCUCCAGAGAGGACUUCCUCGAAGGUGUGAAGCUGAGUGUACCACAUGCUAAUGAAAUCGGCCUAGAGGCCGUGGUGCUCCAGUACACCGACUGGAUGGAUGAAAACAAUGGGGUGAAGAACCGCGAUGCCAUGGAUGACAUCGUCGGAGACCACAACGUCAUCUGUCCACUGGCCCACUUUGCUCGCACCUAUGCCCAGCACCACGCCCUUAAGGCUAACAUGGGAGGACCUGGUUCUGGAGUGGUGAACAGUGGCGGAAACUCACAAGGAGGCAUCUAUCUCUACCUGUUUGACCACAGAGCUUCCAACCUGGCCUGGCCUGAGUGGAUGGGUGUGAUCCAUGGCUAUGAGAUCGAGUUUGUUUUUGGAUUGCCACUGGAGAAGCGCCUCAACUACACCCUAGAGGAGGAGAAGCUCAGCCGACGCAUGAUGAGAUACUGGGCUAACUUUGCCCGGACUGGAAAUCCCAAUGUGAACCACGACGGGCUGGUGGACAGCAGGAAGCGCUGGCCUUUCUUCACUGUCAGUGAGCAAAAGCAUGUCGGGCUCAACACUGAGCCCAUGAAGAUCCACAAAGGACUGAGGAACCAGAUGUGUGCUUUCUGGAACCGCUUUCUUCCACGUCUUCUCAACAUCACUGACAAUAUAGACGAGGCCGAGCGCCAGUGGAAAGUUGAGUUCCACCGCUGGUCGUCCUACAUGAUGCACUGGAAGAGCCAGUUCGACCACUACAGCAAGCAGGAGCGCUGCACUGACCUCUGAUAGGACAGAGAGCAACGAGGAUGGGGGAGGUCGAGAGAACACGUUAUGGCCAUUUUCCUCCAUAGCCCCUCAUUGAAGUCUGACUUCAUGAAUUUAUUAAGCUGUUGUUAGCUACACUCAAACACAGGCAGAGCUCUUGUCUUUUAUUUAUAUUAUUUAUAUUCGAUAUUAUUUAUUUGUGCGUUGUUGCUUUUUUAUGUGUGCGAGUGUUUCUUAAGGAAAUUGAUGGCUAUGGAGGGAACCUGGCAUCAUAAUGGAUUAAUAUUAGAAUUUCAAAGAUGUGUCAUUACCUCGGGUGUGUGUGUGUGUGUGUGUGUGUGUGUGUGUGUGUGUGUGUGUGUGUGUGUGUGUGUGUGUGUGUGUGUGUGUGUGUGUGUGUGUGUGUGUGUGUGUGUGUGUGUGUGUGUGUGUCUUGGAAGCCCCAGUUUAAGUUCUCAACAGGCUCAUGCCACUGCAUUCGUGCUGGUUUACUGUUGACUUGUGCGUCUUUGUGUUAAUCUCGUGAACAUUGCCUUUUGGACCCAACAACUGUCUCAUUUCUGUUGAGACCCUGUUUAUCACCACUCUUACAGUAGGACAUCCACUUCCAUCCCUGUCACGUUCUGCUUCAACCCAUUGUGUAUGUCCCACAUACUAAAGCCAGUAGCCACGUUUCAGGCAACACUUCCUCUAGUUGAUGUGUAGUUUUGUGGAAAGUCACUCAGUUCACCUACUGGUGCCUAAUUUACAUUAUUACCAACCACUGAGUUUCGGUGUUUAAGCUUGAAAACUGAAUGAAAUAAUAAAAUGGUCAGUAGUUCCCAGUAACUAAGUUCAAUUAAUUAACUAAUUAAUCUACUGUAACCCGACAUUAAUCCUAGUUCUACCGUACUAGUAUUAACUUUUACUAAUAUUUGAGGUGGCGACUAAGCCAGACUGAACAAAAGUGCAUCAGAGUGUGUUUUGCUGCUUUUACAUUUAUUAAAAAAAAUGUGUGACAUGUUUAUGUUAAAAGUGUUUUAGUCACGUUAUAUGGUCCCAUAUCAAAGGAACCCUGGCUAUUAAAACCUUUAUGCCUUAUUAAAUUAAUAAAUGUUGUACACUGUACAAUCAGCAUUACCCAGAAUGCACUGCGAAGCAAACAACAAUGGUCAAUCAGUAAGAACAGCCCAACGGACAACGUGUGUAAUGACCAAGACAUUUCUUAUGAAAUGUACGGAAAUGUAUGCUCUGAUAAAGAAUAAUUGUAUUAACAGCCAGGGUUCUGUAAAGGCGCUAAAUGACUCCACCGCUAGAUACCAACUCUAAGUAACACAUGAAUAAUAUUUUAAUUCAGACAUCAUAAUGUAGUACUAAUGUUUCCAACAAAAAUUUAUAGUGGUAUGAGGAGAUAUUAUCUGGGAUUAGGUUAAUUUUGUAGAUAAUAAAUAUCAAAGUGAAAAAAGUCUAAUACAUUCCGUUUUUUUCAUAUCUCAUCACUCAUGACUUCAGUUUAAUCUUGGCUACAAACCUGAAUAUAUUAGUUUACCUAACAACACUGAAUGUAAGUGCUUCGUCCACGCUGUGUCAUGUGCAGCUGUGAUGUAUUGUGUGUGUGUGUGUGUGUGUGUGUGUGUGUGUGUGUGUGUGUGUGUGUGUGUGUGUGUGUGUGUGCCUCUUUUCAUCGGUUCUUCGUUACUUUGUCACUUUUAAUUCAUCUUCUUCGCUUUCCUAUUCUUCCUUCUCUGCAUUUUACUUUGCAGUCUGGACAUGAACUCCUCACUUAAACCUCAAACAACAGGUUCCUCGGUUCUUGUCCAUACAUUCUUCAGUCCCGUUUCUCCCUCUUACCAUACGUGUAACUGCAUCCCGCCAUGUCUUCUUUAUCUGCCUGAUGUAACUUUUCUCAUCUGAUAUUUUCCUCCUUAUCCAGCUCUCGGUUCAUCACUCUUUCCCCCACCCCUCCCUGCUGCCUGUGUGCCCACUGCCAUCUCCCUCCAUCUUCCUUCUUUCUCGUUAGUCUAAUGGAGACAGAGUAAUUCACUCAGGAGGAUAAUGUAACAGAGUGCUGGCUCAGCCUCUGACCAGCCAGCAGUGCACAAUGGGUGGAUGGAAAAUGGAGGUGAAAGGCAAAUAAGAAACUGAAGAGCAGAGGGGGGGGGGGGGGGGGUAGAGACCAUGAUGUGAUGGAAAGAUGAAAGGACAGCUAGAGAAGAGCAUAAUUAUGUAACUCUUGUGCUUACACCAGUUCACUGAUCAUUUCAAAAGCUGAAAUGAUACAUAAUAACAGUCAUUACCAUUUGGGUUAAGACUGGACUGGUAUCUAAGAGCUCACUUUACCAGUGCACAGGCUGGUGCACAUGCAGCGACAUGGUUUCCUGGCACCUAAUGUUGUUCACACGUGAUCAGUGUAGUACCGUGUAGCGCUACCGCUGCUAAUUCUGUGCUUAAACAUGUGCAUGGUAGAUAAAUUUGUUGCUACACAAGUUAGUGUCUUUGAGGAUGAGCUCAUUUCCUUAAGAAAUAAAAUAAUUAUUUAUUAUUUAUCUAUAUGCACAAUUUAUCUGAUAGUUUUUUUUGCAUCUCUUUGGGUUUGUGUGCAUAACACCUAUAUUUUCUCAGUAAAUUAUUCACAAGGGGAUUGUUUUGUACCAAUAUUUAUUAAAAUAUGAAAACUGAAUGAUCCACCACUUCAUCGAAACCCUUGGCGGUUCUGUAGAAAACACAUGUUCUGCUUGGACUCUGGCUCUUCCCUGCAACGCCAAAGAGGUUCUGACGGCUCUCGUUUUACCAAUUCGGUCCUAUUUCAUACCAAACUGCAGAAAAAACCCGGUGGACAGUUUCCUAGAGUUCACAUCCUCACAUAGCAAUAAAAGUCUCUCAGCAGAUCAGCUCCGUCAGUGCAUGAAGCUGCCGUCACAAAUGGGAAACUCAACAGUGAUUCUGAAAGGUAAAGCAGAAGUAAAUCGCAGACGUCCCGGGGAGGACGCUUCGCCGUGACCCACUUGGCUUUUAGUGCCACUCUAUCUGAAUGUAGACGUUUGUGUGUGUGUAAUACAAUCAAACUCUCUGUCUAUCACGCUUUUUGUUACGUUUCUGGCCACUGGUUGGGUAAUUAAAUGAGCGCUGUGAUUGGCUGAUGGCUGUCCUAACGAUAUCUGUCUUGGCAUGUAAAGCUCCUAUUUAUGGACUGGAGCAGUGUUGUCUGUCUGUUAAAAUAAACUAAAUAUGAUUAAAACGUUCUGAAUGCAUGUGUGACUGGAUGGCAGUGACAGCUCCUCUACCUUCUCUCAUGCAUCAUCUCCCUCCCUCGCCCUCCUGUCAAAUCCUUGUGCAUGUCCUGAUGUCAACCCUGCUCCCACUAUAUCUAAUCUUACCUGGACUGUUAUUUUAUGUCAGAUUUGUACUUUUGAACAGAACUAUUAUCAAGAUAAUUCAUAUAUCUUUAAUGUUAGCUAUGUUUGAUGUUAGCAAUAACAUAUAUAUCGGUAAAGAAAUAUAUUUGAUAUUUAAAUGCAGUGAGAAUAUAAUGUGAUAAAACAACAAUGAAAAUGGCUAGAGGUUGAGUUUUAAAGCAAUAUCAUUAUGAAGUCGAACUGAGUGCCAUAGCUCUUACUUUGUGUGUUCUUCUGUUUGUUUACCUGUGUUUCAGUCCUCUGCCUCAUCGUUGUUUGUUCGAGUCACUAGUACUGCAAGUGUUGAAGGCUUCUGUAGCUUCCCAGUACUGUACGUCUCUGUGUACCACGAAUGCUGACUUGAUUAAACUAUAGCAACAGAAAAUAAAUAAACCUUGCUACUUCUGUCGAA